AAGGCCCUCUUUUUAGUUUCAGAUAAAGAGUAUGCUUGAAAAAUGGAAAGAUUGAAAUGAAAAGAAAAGUAGUUGCAAAGCAAUAACAAUACCCUUCUGAUAAAAAGUGCAGAAACACAUUAUCUUGACAGGGUUAACUAUGGAUAUGAACACCACCAUCACAAGAUUCCAUUUACUUGAAAACCAAUUUAUGGUAUUGACAAUAAGAAAGGCAACAAUUUGAUUGGAAUCCAGAAAAGACGUGUGAAUCCUAUCACUUGUAUAACGGGCGGCGGCACCACAAAUUUUCUCUAGCAGAUUGAAAACUUAAUCCUAUCAAUUCAUCAAGAACAAUUUCUUGAAUCACAAAUUUUGCUACAUUAAUGCUUAUGCGUGUCAAAAAAUGAAAACAAACAUUUAAAACAUUACAACAUAUCUAUUCUAAAGUUCCACACAACAAGAUUUCAUACUUUGAAAUCGUUGCAUGAUUGCCCCAUGAUCAAAACAACCAAUGAGCUACUGAUUUGGUUUAGCAGUUGAUGGUUUAAAAGGGAGUGAACUAUUAGUUAAGGAGUUCAAUUCGCACUGCAAAUCUUGUUCAAAGAAAUGCAAUGCAAAAUUCCAAACCAGGGGGUUUGAUUGAACCUAUUUGCCAUCUAAUGUACGGCGGCACCAUGUGGAUAAAAUGGUGAAAAUUGCUUAGAUACAUAAUUGGGCCUUGUUUCUCAUGAUUUCACAUAUAGCGUGUUUUGGGAUUUAGUGAGAAAGCAUAUACCACUUUUCUCAACAAACCUGUCAAUGCAAAUGCACUGUCACAAUAGGAAACAAUUGUUCAAUUCUAGAUAUAGAUAUCCAGACACAGAUCUAGCAGGUGUUCAAAGCCCAGUUUGGUUAUGUGAAUUCAUCGGAUCAGACAGCUCCGGACACAAUUUUUGUUUAUCAAUGCAGAUCUCAUGAAUGCAUGAGACAACUCUAGACAUAUGCGUCCGGAUAUCUUUGUCUGCUCCUUCAAACUGAAAAAAUAAUAAUAAUAAUAAUAAUGCUUCAAAAGCAGAUAUCCAAAUCUGGCCAGUAUCCAGAGCCUCCGAUGCACGUGGAUCCAAUAAAGACGUCAAAUGAAUCCAAUGACUCAUAUGGCCGGAAGUUAAUGGUCUCAUGAAUUGAAUCAUAUCUAGUGAUCCCUAACUAAUUAAAUAUUCACUCAUAUUUGUGCAUGUCAACCUUGCACAGGGGCCAUGAUAAUCUUCUCUGUAUCGUUCCAAUUUAAUUGGAUGUCCCGAAGGGAUAUAAGGCAUAUAUCCAGAUAUAAAUUUUAUCUUGUAUUCAUAUAGAACUAUAAAAUUAUCCUUACUUUCUAAUAACCUCUACACUCAUGAUUCAUGGAGGAAAAUUUCUUGUAUAAAAAUUGAACUCAUAAAUUGCAAAUGGGAUAAGCCCGUCCAGAUCUAUGCAGAUGGGUUUGGAUAUCUAUCGAUUUCAGGUGAGAUUGCAUUCUUGGGAGUUGAGGAAGUAAAACAAGUGGAAUAGUAUAGGGGAUACAACUGAAAUUAUCCUGAUUCUGAUGACAACGAACCCUUUGUUUACACUUGCACACCAUAUCUAUAGGUUGGAUCACCUAGAAACUAUCUAUAAGCAAUUUCUCAAGGAAGAGAAAGGAACAACAUGAGAAGAAGUGAAAGGAUCAAGAGAUUAAAAGCCAAAUCAGAAACCCAAUUCCCUCACAUUCCCGAAGAGAUCCUUGUUACCAUCAUCUCAAAAUUGCCAAUCAAAUCUCUUCUUCGAUUCAGGUGCGUUUCCAAGUCCUGGGGGUCUUUAAUUUCCAAUCCCACAUUCAAUAUUUCAUCUCCAAAAGAGCAUGUAAUCAUUGUGUCUAAGUACUAUUCAACAAAUUGUCCCAUUCAUUUGAUAAAUGACGAAGCUUCAUCUAGGCAGGUACCAAAACCUAAAAAGUUGAAGGUGAGGGGUAACAAGAAGUUAAAAUGGGGUUUGAGAAUCCGGGGUUCCUGUAAUGGAUUGGUGCUAUUAAGUAAUACUGUGGACAUGUUCUUGUGGAAUCCAUCAACAAGAUGCUGCAAAAAAGUGUUCUCUCAUGCGCACUUGCAGACAUUUGAUCGCAACACUUCUGGGCUUCUUUAUGACUCAUCCAUUGAUGAUUACAAGGUAGUUACGACAUGUUCAGAACUGAGUCAAGAACGUGAAGACGAUAAGGUCGUGGUUGGAAGUUUUAGGAAUAAAACUUGGACAGAGGUUUGCUUGCCAUAUGAUAAGCGACACAUGCAGUCAAGGCCUACUGUGAAUGAGCGUGGGCAUUGGUUGGUAACUAAAAUUACUUAUAAUUAGGGUUUUGGAGACGCGAUCUUCUUGGUUGUGGGUUUUGAUCCACAUGCCAAUGAAUUUGUGAAGGUGCCAAUGCCACAAAGUAAACACGCAAAACCCAUCACGUAAGCAAUAAAAACUAGCACAUAAAUCAACCGAAGACCGAACAAGAAAAGGGAAAUACUAAACAAAGAUGCU